GCAUCGGUGCACACGCACGAUGGGCGUGAGGGCACGGCGGGCGUUGGGGAGCAGCGAAGGCUGCAUCUGUGCUCUGCGCGCUGGUGCAAGGCGUGUGCGUGGCAGCGGGUGCGGUGCGUGUGCAUUCGCACGUUGUGUACAGCCCGGGGGCCGCGAUCCAGCCCCGGCCAUGAGCCGCCCGCCGCUCCUGCUGCUGCUCCUGCUGCUGCCCGCCGCCCGCUGCCCCGCACCUGCCGUCACCCCGCGCCUCCGGCUGUCCUUCCCGGAGCUGCGGGCCCGCCACGGGCUGCGACUCUUCCAGCUGGAGCGCUCGUGCUGCUACGAGGCCCUGCUGCUGGAUGAGGAGCGCAGCCGCCUCUUUGUGGGCGCCAAGAACCACCUGCUGUCACUGAGCCUGGACAACAUCAGCCAGCGGGACAGGAAGAUCUACUGGCCAGCUCCAGUGGAGUGGAGGGAGGAGUGCAACUGGGCCGGCAAGGACAUCACAGCCGAGUGCAUGAACUUCGUGAAGAUCCUGCACGCCUACAACCGGACCCACCUGUACGCCUGUGGCACCGGUGCCUUCCACCCCACCUGCGCCUUCGUGGAGGUGGGCCAGCACACCGAGGACCACAUCUUCAAGCUGGACGCACGGCGCGCUGAGGAUGGCAAAGGGAAGAGCCCCUACGACCCCCAGCACACAGCCGCCUCCGUUCUCGUGGGCGAGGAGCUCUACUCAGGAGUGGCCACUGAUCUGAUGGGGCGCGACUUCACCAUCUUCCGCAGCAUGGGCUCCCGCCCGUCCGUCCGCACGGAGCAGCACGACUCCCGCUGGCUCAACGAGCCCAAGUUCGUGGAUGUUUUUUGGGUGCCAGAGAGCGAGAACCCCGAUGACGACAAAAUCUACUUCUUCUUCCGCGAGAUGGUGGUGGAGCGGCAGCAGGGACUGGGCAAGGCCAGCAUCAGUCGCAUCGGCCAGAUCUGCAGGAACGACGUGGGUGGGCAGCGCAGCCUGGUGAACAAGUGGACGACGUUCCUCAAGGCGCGCCUGGUGUGCGCCGUGCCCGGCACCGACGGCGCCGACACGCACUUCGAUGAGCUCCGUGACGUCUUCCUGCUGCAGACAAGGGACAAGCGCAACCCCUUGGUCUAUGCCGCCUUCUCCACCUCCAGCUCCAUCUUCCAGGGCUCGGCCGUCUGCAUCUACACCAUGGCCGACAUCCGCCGGGCGUUCCUGGGCCCCUUUGCACACAAGGAGGGUCCCAACUACCAGUGGGUGCCAUACCAGGCACGCGUGCCGUACCCCCGCCCGGGCAUGUGCCCCAGCAGAACCUUCGGCACCUUCAGCUCCACCAAGGACUUCCCAGAUGAGGUGAUCCAGUUUGCCCGGCACCACCCACUGAUGUACAACCCGGUGCUGCCCCAUGGCCAGCGGCCCCUCUUCCUGCAAGCUGGCGUGCCCCACACCUUCACCCGCAUCGCCGUCGACCGGGUGGCUGCCGCCGAUGGCCACUACGACGUCCUCUUCAUUGGCACAGAUGUGGGCACUGUGCUGAAGGUGGUCUCGGCACCGCAGCAGAGCUGGCAUGGCAUGGAGCCGCUGCUGCUGGAGGAGCUGCAGGUUUUCCAGGACGCGUCCCCAGUCACCAGCCUGCAGCUCUCCUCCAAGCGGCAACAGCUCUACGCCGGCUCAGCCACCGCCGUGGCCCAGCUGCCCCUGCACCGCUGUGGCGCCUACGGCAAGGCGUGCGCCGAGUGCUGCCUGGCACGGGACCCGUACUGCGCCUGGGACGGCACCGCCUGCACCCGCUUCGUGCCCAGCACCAAGAGGCGCUCCCGCCGGCAGGACGUCCGCAACGGGGAUCCCAACCUGCUGUGCUCCGAAGAGCCAUCGCAGGGCCGCGUGCCUCAGCGGCAGCUGUACGGGGUGGAGGGCAGCAGCGCUUUCCUGGAGUGCGUGCCCCGCUCGCUGCGCGCCCGCGUCUCGUGGACGUACCAGCGCGGUCCCGACGCUCCCCAGCGCGAGGUGCAGCCGGACGAGCGGGUGGUGCGGACGGAGCGGGGGCUGCUCCUGCGCAGCGUGCAGCUGCACGACGCCGGGCUCUACGUGUGCCGGGCCACCGAGCAGGGCUUCACGCAGCCCGUGCUGCGCCUGGCGCUGGGCGUCCUCGGCGGCGCCGCCGCCGCCGCCCCCGCCGCCCCCGGGGGUCGCGCUCCCUGGUACCGGGACUUCCUGCAACUGCUCGAGCGGCCCGAGGCGGCCUGCGGGCGGCUGCGGCCCCCCCCUCCCGCCCCGGCCGGGCCCCCCGCGCGGCGGCGGGGCGGGACGGAGUCGGAGCGCGGUGCGGAGCCGCGGGCCGCCCGACGCCGCCGUACCCGGGGCGGGCCGAGAGCCGAGCGCGGGCCCCGCAGCGCCUCUGCCCGGUGA